CGUCAAGCGGGAAUGUCAAUGUCAUUUUUUUCGAAACAUUUUGUGCGAAGUCUACAGGAAAACUAAUAUUGUUAUAGAAAUAUUAUAGAAAAUACUACAAAAUGAGUGUGGACGUGAAAAUGUUUGACUCGGAGUCCAAAGACCAACUUACUAGAGAGAGAGGAUUGUGUCUAGAAAAGGAUUGUGCAACAAGACCAUUUUUCCUUGCCCUAAGAGAGUGCGCGAGGAGGGUCGCGAAAAAGGCAGCAUACACUGCCGAGACCUGUCACCAAGAAACUGUUGAACUCAUGGAGGCUAUAGACAGAUGUGUCAAGGAUAAAGCUUUCGUCAAAUUGCUUUAAACACCUUUUAUAAUAAGGGACUCAAUUAUUACAACCUUUUUGAGAGAGUACUGCGAGGUUAGCCAAGAAGAUUUUCUAUGAUAGUAUCUCAGAUAGUAUACGCAAAAUAUGGAAAUGACAUUCCAAACCACGUUAUGCACGUUAUGCCCACGUGAUUUGUCCAUUUCAUAUCCAUAGAGUUAACGAUUAUAGAAAGUCUUUUAACCUAAUCUUGAACGUGAUACAUCUGUAGUCAUUCAUAGCUUUUUGCUGCCAAUCCUGGUCCCAACUCAUAGAUAUAUAAAUACCUAUAUUAUAAUAUUGUAAAAUAGUUAUUUAUUAAUAAAUACUUAUCUUGAG